CGGUACUUUGAGCCAAAAGCCAACGGCUGGCCUGCAAGCAGUCAUUCUCUAACGAGCUUCUCUUUCUCCAUCCUUAAUGUUAUUCUUCUUCAAUCGUCUCCGAAGUUUUCCUCGAUGUUAGAAUCAUAAAUUAGGCCUAAUAACAAAGGAGAACCAGUGGCUAGUUAUGGCUUUCAUGGCGGUUCUUGAAACAGAUCUGCGCGCGUUGUCUGCUGAAGCUCGACGCAGGUAUCCUACAGUCAAAGAUGGGGCCGAACACGCAAUUUUGAAGCUUCGCUCAUUAUCAAAUCCCAGUGAAAUUGCCCAUAAUGAGGAUAUACUGCGGAUAUUUCUUAUGGCUUGUGAGGUUAAAAGUGUGAAGUUGAGUGUUAUUGGGCUUUCUUGUCUGCAAAAACUCAUAUCUCACGAUGCUGUUGCACCCUCAGCUCUGAAGGAGAUACUUUCUACACUGAAAGCUCAUGCCGAAAUGGUAGAUGAGAGUGUUCAACUAAAGACCCUCCAAACCAUACUUAUUAUAUUCCAGUCCCGUUUACAUCCUGAAAGUGAGGACAAUAUGGCUCAAGCUCUUGGCAUCUGUCUCAGGCUUCUUGAAAAUAACCGAUCGUCUGACAGUGUGCGCAACACUGCUGCUGCUACCUUCAGGCAAGCGGUUGCCUUGAUUUUUGAUCGUGUUAUAUGCGCUGAAUCACUGCCUGCUGGCAAGGUUGGUUCUGGAAGUCAGAACUUUCGAAUCUUUUCUGUUACUGGUGAUGUUAGUCGGAGCAUCAACCGAUCAGAGUCAUUGGAGAGUGACUGUGUUAGUGGAGGACCAUUGUUAAUGCGGGAGAGCCUAACUAAAGCUGGCAAACUUGGGUUACGUUUGCUCGAAGACCUGACAGCUCUUGCUGCAGGUGGAUCUGUCACCUGGUUACGUGUGAACUCUCUUCAGCAGACAUUUGCACUAGAUAUACUUGAGUUUAUUCUAUCCAAUUACGUGGCUAUCUUUAGAACCUUGGUUUCAUAUGAACAGGUCUUACGUCAUCAAAUAUGUUCACUUCUUAUGACUUCACUUCGUACCAAUGCUGAGAUUGAAGGUGAAGCAGGAGAGCCAUCAUUUCGCCGCUUGGUGAUGCGGUCAGUUGCGCAUGUUAUCAGGCUAUACAGUUCAUUCCUUGUCACUGAAUGUGAGGUUUUUCUCAGUAUGUUGAUAAGGGUUACUUCUCUUGAUUUGCCAUUAUGGCAUCGCAUUCUUGUUCUUGAAGUCUUGAGGGGCUUUUGUGUAGAGGCGAGGACAUUGCGACUUCUUUUCCAGAAUUUUGACAUGAACCCCAAGAACACCAACAUUGUGGAGGGUAUGGUCAAAGCUCUAGCUCGAGUUGUUUCGAGCAUACAGGUUACAGACACAAGUGAAGAGAGCCUUGCAGCUGUUGCAGGAAUGUUCAAUAGCAAAGCUAAGGGUAUCGAAUGGAGCUUGGACAACGAUGCAUCUAAUGCUGCUGUUGUAGUUGCUAGUGAAGCUCAUGCAAUUACUUUGGCAGUUGAAGGUCUGUUAGGUGUUGUAUUUACCGUGGCUGCUCUGACAGAUGAAGCUGUGGAUGUUGGGGAGGUUGAAUCCCCUAGAGAUGAUAGUGAUCAAACAACAAAGUGUACUGGACAAAUGGCAGUUCUCUGCAUGUCAAUGGUUGAUUCAAUGUGGUUGACCAUCCUCGAUGCUUUGUCCUUAAUUUUGACUAGGUCACAAGGAGAAGCAAUUAUAUUGGAAAUAUUGAAAGGAUACCAGGCAUUCACCCAGGCUUGUGGGGUUCUUUGUGCUGUGGAACCUUUGAACUCUUUUCUGGCAUCACUCUGCAAAUUUACUAUCAGUGUUCCGAAUGAAGCUGAAAAAAGGAGCAGUGUUUUACUAUCUCCUAGUUCAAAGCGUUCUGAAUCUUUAGUCGAUCAAAGAGAUAGCAUUGUCCUCACCCCCAAGAAUGUGCAGGCCUUGAGAACUCUUUUCAACGUAGCUCAUCGAUUACAUAAUGUGUUGGGACCGUCGUGGGUUUUGGUACUGGAAACCCUUGCUGCCCUUGAUCGAGCAAUCCAUUCUCCUCAUGCAACUAUUGAGGAGGUCUCUACUUCUGUGCCAAAGCUUACAAGAGAAUCAUCUGGUCUGUACAGUGACUUCAACAUCCUCUCUUCCUUGAAUUCUCAGCUUUUUGAGAGCUCAGCACUGAUGAACAUAUCUGCUGUAAAGUCACUUCUUUCGGCACUAUGUCAGUUAUCAAAUCAAUACAUGCCUGGAAAUUCUAGUGGUUUCGGACAAACUUCAAGUCAACAAGUUGGAAACAUUAGUUUUUCUGUGGAAAGAAUGAUAUCAAUUCUUGUAAAUAACCUCCACAGAGUGGAGCCCUUGUGGGAUCAAGUUGUUGGCCAUCUCCUUGAGCUGGCAGAACAUAAUAAUCAGCAAUUUCGGAAUUUGGCACUUGAUGCAUUCGAUCAAUCAAUCUGUGCUGUCUUAGGUUCUGACAAAUUUCAGAGCUCUACGCUCUCUAGACGUCGUCAUGAAGAUAAUCAAAUGGAAAGCACAGAUAUGGAAUUAGGAUCAUUUGAAUGUGCUGUCAUAUCUCCAUUAUGUGUCCUUUAUUUCUCUAACCAAAAUCUUGAUGUCCGCAUUGGUUCAUUGAAGAUUUUGCAGCAUGUAUUGGAGAGACAUGGGGAGAAGUUGUACUCUAGUUGGCCAAGUAUUCUUGACAUGUUGAGGUCUGUUGCUAAUGCAGUGGAGAAAGAAAUUAUCUCACUGGGUUUCCAGGGUCUACGCGUUAUCAUGAAUGAUGAACUCUCAACCAUCCCUUCACACUGCAUUGAUGUAUGUAUAGAAGUUACAGGAGCUUACAGUUCUCAGAAGACAGAGCUAAAUAUAAGUUUGACAGCAGUUGGCCUUCUCUGGACUACAACUGAUUUUAUUGCCAAGGGGCUUAUCCAUGGGCAUGCUGAGGAAAUAGGAGGAAUACCUGCUACACGAUCUAUCCCAAAGCAGAGGAGGCCGGAAGAGAUAGAAGAGCAGAGCAUCUACACUAGCAAUGAAGCUGAUGACCAAGUUCCCGUAAUUGAUAUAAUUGAUCACAAUAAGCUGCUUUUCUCAGUCUUCUCCUUGCUUCAGAAACUUGGUGCGGAUGAGAGGCCAGAGGUAAGGAACUCGGCAAUUAGGACACUUUUUCAAACCCUUGGAAGUCAUGGGCAGAAACUUUCUAGAAGCAUGUGGGAGGACUGCCUUUGGAAUUAUGUCUUUCCUACACUAGAUUGUGUUUCUCACAUGGCAGCAUCAUCAUCAACAGAUGAAUGGCAAGGUAAAGAACUUGGAAUGCGAGGAGGAAAAGCAGUUCAUAUGCUCAUACAUCAUAGUCGUAACACAGCUCAGAAACAAUGGGAUGAAACACUUGUAUUGGUCUUAGGUGGCAUAGCACGUCUUCUGCGUUCAUUUUUCCCUUUCCUUAGAAGUUUAAGCAAUUUCUGGUCCGGUUGGGAGUCUUUGCUUGUUUUUGUUAGGAAUAGCAUUUUAAAUGGGAGUAAAGAGGUCGCACUUGCAGCAGUCAAUUGUUUACAGACAAUUGUUCUUUCUCAUUCUCCUAAGGGAAACUUGCCAAUACCUUACCUCAAGUCAGUACUCGAUGUUUAUGAGCUUGUUCUUCAAAGACGCCCAAACUACAGUGGUAAUGCAGCAAGCAAGGUGAAGCAAGAGAUUUUGCAUGGUCUUGGAGAAAUUUAUAUGCAAGCACAAAAAAUGUUUGAUGAAGGAAUGUACAUGCAGUUGCUAGAGAUCAUACAUUUGGCUGUCGGGCAACCUAAGUAUAAUUCUGAUAACACAGAAGCAGAAAUAGUACAUGUUCCACCAGUGCAACGUACUAUGCUCGAAAUUCUUCCACAACUGUGUCCAACUGAGCACCUAUCUUCAAUGUGGAACCUGCUUCUCCGUGAGCUUUUGCAUUACCUUCCUGGAUCAGAAGCUUCUUUAGAAGAAAAAGAAGCUGAGAUGGAGCAAGCCAGCAGCAGCAAAAAUCAUAAUCAAGGAGUAAAAGUGGCACCUCAACUUGAUGUUGAUUCUGUAGCAAACAAACAGAAUGUAGCAGUUUCAAAAAUCAUGCUCACAGAAACUCAUAACAUGACUUCUGAUUUCCCAAAUGGUGUUUCUGCCACGUCCCUAAAGAAAACAGAAACUCCAUUUCUGAGUUCUGGCUCCCCCAUAAAGGAUGUAGUAGCAGGCUUCUCAAGUAAUUUAUUCGGAGAAAAGCUUGUUCCAGUGUUGGUAGAAAUUUUUCUAUUAGCUCCAUCUGUUGAAAAGUACAACAUUUUCCCUGAGAUGGUUCAAGGGCUUGGAAGGUGCAUGGCAACUAGAAGAGACACUCCUGAUGGUGCACUCUGGAGAUUAGCUGUUGAAGGCUUCAACCGUAUUCUUGUUGAUGAUGUCAAUAGCACGAAGAUAAACUGUGGAAGGGAUUCAAAUGUCAGCAGAACUGCCAGGAUACGACUCUGGAAAGAAGUGGCUGACAUUUAUGAAAUAUUCCUUGUGGGUUCUUGUGGGCGUGCUCUUCCUUCCAAUGUUCUCUCACCAGCAGCACUCAAGGCUGAUGAGUCUGUAGAGAUGACCAUUCUAAAUGUUUUGGGUGACAAGAUUCUGAAGAUGGAAACUGACAUUCCUGUAGAUAUUCUUGAACGGCUAGUUUCCACUCUGGACCGUUGUGCAUCACGGACAUGCUGUUUACCUGUUGAGACUGUACGACUAUUGCCUUCACAUUCAAGUAGUUUCUCCUUGGCUUGCUUACAAAAGUUAUUUUCUUUGUGCUAUUACACCUGUGAAGUGGAUCAGUGGAACUCAACUAGAUCUGAGGUUAGCAAAAUCGCAAUCAUGGUGCUCGUUAGCAGAUGUGAAUACAUAUUGAGAAGAUUCUUGAUUGAUGAGAAUGAAUUAGGAGAGCGUUCACUGCCUGCAGUGAGAAUUGAAGAAAUUAUUUUCGUCCUUCAAGAGUUGGCCCGGCUGGUAAUUCAUCCCGAUACAGCGUCAAUCCUUUCCCUGCCCUCGUACUUGAGGGAUGCCCUAGCAAAGAAUGAGAAUCACGAUGGACGUGCACAUCUGCUUGUUCUGUUUCCUUCACUUUGUGAGCUUGUUAUUUUAAGGGAAGCAAGAGUAAGGGAGCUUGUGCAAGUGUUGCUUAGACUUGUCUCCACAGAACUGGGACUCCAAAAGGUCAGCUAAACCACUUGACAUGUUGAGAACCUGUACUGUGUAGUUCACACAUCUUUUGUAGAUAGUGCUCAAUUGAGGAAUUUUCUUUUCUCCGUGUCAGUUUUACUGUAAUGUAUUUAACAUUUUUUGUACAUGAGUGAGGAAGGGGGAAGAGAAAACAAAGUGUGCAGUAAAUAUUUUGGUUGGGUUCUUUUUAUUGUCUGAUAAAGGGGUUAUAGGUAAACAGCUUGACCGGCAAUGUUGUGCAAAAUGAGAAUCAAUUGGUUUCCAAACUCUUCUUAUA